AUGGCUGACCCCAAGGAGGACAAGAUCCAGCCGGCGCUGGAGGAACAGAUCCCUGAACAUGGCCAACAUCAGGCCGAGAGCAGCACGCCUCUCGAAAAGCAGGACAGCACAGAUGAGCGCUCCGACGACGAAAGCGAUGACCAUGGCGCCGCCCUCAGGACCCUGCGAAGCCGCCAGAUGUCCAUGGGAGCCGACGGCCGCUCGGAGCUGGUGCGCAUCGCCACAGCCCUCUCCCACAGACAGUCGAGCGUGGCUGUCCCGACGCACAGCAGGCACCGGCUGAGUGGCGUUGAUGAAUACGACGAGGCUCUCGAUCCCGGGAAGCCAGGGUUUGACCUGGAAAAGUGGCUGAAGCGGUUCCUCAACCAGCUGCGCGAGCAGGGCAUGGUGUCUCGAAGCACCGGCGUUUCGUUCCGCAACCUGAACGUCUACGGAUCCGGCUCCGCCCUCCGUCUGCAGAGCACCGUGGCCAGUAUGCUCAUGUCGCCUCUGCGCAUUCCCGAGCUGCUGCGGACGCGCCGCGGCCCCAAGAAGCAGAUCCUGCGGGACUUUGACGGCAAGAUCAACGAGGGGGAGCUGCUCGUCGUGCUCGGGCGUCCGGGCUCCGGGUGCAGCACAUUCCUCAAGAUGCUGUGCGGUGAGACGCAUGGCCUGAACUUGGGCGAGCAGUCUGACAUCAACUUCAACGGCAUCCCCCAGAAGCAGAUGCAGAAGGAGUUCAAGGGCGAGGCCAUCUACAACCAGGAGGUUGACAAGCACUUCCCCCAUUUGACGGUCGGCCAGACUCUCGAAUUCGCCGCCUCUGUCCGCACGCCCUCGCACAGGAUUGCCGGCCUCAGCCGCCAAGAGUAUUCCCGAUACAUCGCCCAGGUCGUCAUGGCCGUGUUCAACCUUUCCCACACAUACAACACCAAGGUUGGCAGCGACUUUGUGCGUGGCGUUUCGGGUGGCGAGCGGAAGCGCGUCAGUAUCGCCGAGAUGACACUGUCGGCCGCGUCGUUUGCGGCGUGGGACAACAGUACUCGCGGCCUGGAUGCGGCCACAGCUCUGGCGUUUGUCCAGUCCAUGAGGACAUCGGCCAAUCUAGGCUCCCACACGUACGCCGUUGCGAUUUACCAGGCUAGCCAGGCCAUCUACGAUCUCUUCGACAAAGCCAUUGUCCUCUACGAGGGCCGCCAAAUCUACUUUGGCCCGGCGCACAAUGCGAGGCGAUACUUUGAGAAGCAGGGAUGGUACUGCGCCCCUCGCGCCACGACGGGCGACUUUAUCACGGGCGUCACGAACCCGCAGGAACGCCAGGCCAGGCCAGGCUACGAGAACAUCGUCCCCAACACGCCCGAUGAGUUUGAGCGGCUGUGGCGCACGUCGCCCGAGUACAAGGCGCUGCAACGCGAGCUCGACCAGCACGAGCAAGAGUACAUGGGCGAGGAGCGACAGCGGGAGACGAUUGAGCAAUUCCGUCGCGACAAGAACUACCGCCAGGCCAAGCACGUCCGACCCGAGUCGUCGUACAUUGUCAGCGUGCCCAUGCAGAUCAAACUGUGCACGAGGCGUGCCUACCAGCGCAUCUGGGGCGACAAGGCUGCCACCGUGUCGUCCUCCAUCAUCCAUCUCGUCAUGGCGCUCAUCAUUGGCUCCAUCUUCUACGGCACGCCGGACGCGACCGUGUCCUUCUUCCAGAAAGGCUCCGUCCUGUUCAUGGCCAUCUUGCUCAACGCGCUGACGGCCAUCUCCGAGAUCAACAGUCUGUACGCGCAGCGACCCAUUGUUGCCAAGCAUGCUUCGUACUCCUUCUACCACCCUGCCUGCGAGGCUGCGGCAGGUAUCGUCAGCGAUAUCCCCGUCAAGUUUGUGACCGCCACCGUGUUCAACGUGGUGCUCUACUUCCUGGCCAACCUGCGGCGUGAGCCGGCCCAGUUCUUCCUCUACUUCCUCAUCACGUACAUGAGCAUCUUCCUCAUGUCCGCCGUCUUCAGGACCAUGGCAGCCGCCACAAAGACCGUCUCUCAGGCCAUGACGGGCGCUGGCAUCCUGGUCCUCGCCCUGGUCAUCUACACGGGUUUCACCAUCACACAGAGCGACAUGAAGCCCUGGUUCUCCUGGAUCCGUUGGAUCAAUCCCAUCUUCUACGCCUUUGAGAUCCUGGUCGCCAACGAGUUUCACGGUCGCGAGUUUCCCUGCUCGAGCAUUGUCCCUCCGUACCCCAACCGCGCCGGCACCGACACGUUUGUGUGCACGGUGCAAGGAGCGGUGACGGGGAGUCUGACGGUCAGUGGUGACAGCUUCAUCGAGGCCAACUACGGCUACACGUAUGCGCAUGUCUGGAGGAACUUCGGCAUCCUCAUCGGGUUCCUGGUCUUCUUCAUGGCGUGCUACAUGUUCGUCGUGGAGAUCAACUCGGCCAACGAAAACACCGCCGAGGCGUUGGUCUUCCAGCGGGGCCACGUGCCAGCGCAUCUCCAGGAGAACGGCAAGGGUGCCUCGGCAGACGAGGAGUCCUCUGCGACGGCGAAUGGACGGGUGACAUCCGGGGAGGACAGCAAGGAGGCGCCUCCAGAGGUCCUCCCGCCGCAGCGUGAUGUCUUUACAUGGCGCGACAUUGUGUAUGACAUUGAGAUCAAGGGGGAGCCUCGCAGGCUGCUUGACCACGUCUCCGGCUGGGUCAAGCCCGGAACGCUCACGGCUCUCAUGGGCGUAAGUGGUGCGGGUAAGACGACGCUGCUGGACGUGCUAGCGCAGCGUACGACGAUGGGCGUUGUCACUGGCGACAUGCUCGUCAAUGGGACGCCUCUCGACGCGAGUUUCCAGAGGAACACGGGAUACGUCCAACAGCAAGAUCUCCAUCUCGAAACGUCGACGGUGCGUGAGAGCUUGCGGUUCAGCGCGGAGCUGAGGCAGCCCAAGUCGGUCAGCCGCGAGGACAAGUACGAGUUUGUCGAGGAGGUGAUCAAGAUGCUGGGCAUGCAAGACUUUGCCAACGCCGUCGUGGGCGUCCCGGGCGAGGGCCUGAACGUGGAGCAGAGGAAGCUGCUGACCAUUGGCGUGGAGCUGGCGGCGAAGCCCAAGCUUCUGCUCUUCCUCGACGAGCCGACCAGCGGCCUGGACUCCCAAUCGUCCUGGGCCAUCUGUGCUUUCCUCAGGCGCCUGGCCGACUCGGGGCAGGCGAUCCUGUGCACCAUCCACCAGCCGUCCGCGAUUCUCUUUCAGUCCUUCGACAGGCUCCUCUUCCUCGCCAAGGGCGGCAAGACUGUCUACUUUGGUGACAUUGGUGAGCAUUCUCGCACGCUGCUCGACUACUUUGAGGCGAGCGGCGGCCGCAAGUGCAGUGACAGCGAGAACCCGGCCGAGUACAUCCUCGAGAUUGUCAACCACGGCACGAAUGACCAGGGCAAGGACUGGCAUCAAGUCUGGAACGACAGCGAGCACAAGAGAGCCUCGCGGGCCGAGUUGGAUGCGAUUGAGGCCGAGAGACGAGGCCAGAACCGACCGGACGCCAACCCAGAGGAGUACCGAGAGUUUGCCAUGCCUCUCCGAGCGCAAACCUGGAUCGUCACGAAGCGGAUCUUCCAGCAGUACUGGCGUAUGCCUUCGUACAUCCUUGCCAAAUUCCUCAUGGGCAUGGCCUGCGGUCUCUUCAUCGGAUUCACCUUUUACCAGACGGGGCGAACCCUGUCGAUGCUGCAGAACACCAUCUUCGCCGUCUUCCUGCUCACGACCGUCUUCUCGACCUUGGUGCAGCAGAUUCAGCCGCUCUUUGUCACCCAGCGAUCGCUGUACGAGGUGCGGGAGCGGCCGAGCAAGGCGUACUCCUGGAAAGCGUUCAUGAUGGCCAACAUCAUCGUCGAGAUCCCCUACCAGAUCUUCACGGCGAUCCUCACCUUUGCGUGCUGGUACUACCCGGUCCUGGGCGUGCAGAGCUCGCAGAGACAGGUCCUCGUCCUGCUCUACGUGAUCCAGCUGUUCAUCUACGCGAGCGCCUUUGCGCACAUGACCAUUGCCGCGCUCCCGGACGCCCAGACGGCCGCCAACAUUGUCACGCUGCUCACGCUGAUGAGCAUCACCUUUAACGGUGUCCUCCAGACGCCCACCGCGCUGCCGGGCUUCUGGAUCUUCAUGUACCGCGUCAGUCCCUUUACCUACUGGAUCGCGGGCAUCGUCGGCACCGUCCUGCAUGACCGUCGCGUCCAGUGCUCGCAGCGGGAGCUCGCCGUCUUCGAGGCGCCCGCCGGCUCGACGUGUGGCGAGUAUCUGCAGCCCUUUUUCAGCGACGGCGCGCCGGGCUACCUCGUUGAUGCGGAUGCCACCACGUGCGAGUACUGCACGGUCACCGUGGCCGAUGAGUACAUUGCUGCCUCCCGCAUCUACUGGAGCGACCGGUGGAGGAACUUUGGCAUCAUCUGGGCGUACGUCGUGUUCAACGUCUUCAUGGCGGUGCUGCUCUACUACGUCUUCCGGGUCAAGAGGGUGCGUCUGGGCAAGAUCUCCAUGCCAAAGACGAAGAAGAUGCCGUGGGUAAAGGGGGCUUGA